GAGGCUGAUGAUUGUGAAUUGGAGGAGAGGGGACAGGAAGGAGGGCGCCGAGUAUCCGUGGCUGUAACAGGAGCAGUCGAAGCUCCAGAUGGCGGCUGGGGCUGGAUGGUGCUGGUUGCCUAUACUUGUCCUGGCUUUGACACUGGCAUUUCCCUCCUGCGUGGGAAUCUUCUACACUGACUUGCAGAAUGAGUUCCACGCAACCAACAGCGAAACCUCCUGGGUGCCCUCCAUCAUGACGUCAGCGCUUCAUGCAGGAGGUCCCUUUUGUAGCAUGUUGGUGGAGAAACUUGGCUGCCGAGCGACAAUCAUGUUGGGAGGGGUCCUGAGCGGGCUUGGAAUGGCUGCCAGCUCAUUUACCCAGUCAAUCACUGAGCUUUACAUCACCGCCGGGGUCAUUACAGGUCUUGGUUUCUGCUUCAGCUUCCAACCAGCUGUGACAAUCCUGGGACACUACUUUGUGCGUCGCCGUGUAUUUGCCAACGCCAUGUCCUCCACGGGCACCGCCUUGGGACUGUGCGCUCUGCCUGUCCUGGGAAACUACCUCCAUACAGAGUACGGUUGGAGAGGAAGUUUUCUCAUUCUGGGGGCCGUCCUGCUGAACUGCUGUGUGUGUGGAGCUGUGAUGAGGCCCCUCCAGCCCAAAAGGCAUCGUGGCCAGCCGCUGAUGAACCACGGACCUCCUCCGCCAGAUGAGAAUAGUGAGAGCAAGAAAAAAGGGAGGGCGAGGACGAUUUGGAGCUCCAUGUUAGCUUUCCUGAGCAAACACAUGGCCUUCAAUCAGUUCUGCAAUAACUUGCGCUACCGCGUGUACUCCAUCGGCAUCACGUGGACGAUGCUCGGGUUUGUGGUACCUCUGGUGUAUCUGGUUCCCUACGCCACAGCAAAUGACAUGGAGCCGAGUCAGGCUGCGUACCUGCUGUCCAUCCUGGGGAUCGUCAACAUCGUGGUGCGGCCACCGUUUGGCAUCGUCUUUAACAUGCCAUGGUUCAAAGGGCGACACGUUUACGUGUUUUCUGCAGCUUUGCUUGUCAAUGGGCUCAGUAACAGCAUCUGCUGCAUCGGGCCCAGCUUCCAUGUACUGCUGGCUUACGUGGUGAUCUACGGGCUUUCCAUGAGCGUGGUGGGCUCCCUGAUGUUUACUGUCCUCAUGGAUGUAGUGGAGAUGAGCUGCUUUCCCUCAGCCCUUGGCCUCCUUGCUGUCAUGGAGAGUGUCACGCUGCUCAUUGGGCCUCCACUGGCAGGAAUCCUGGUUGACAGAACGGGCCACUAUUUCCAUGUUUUUUUUGCCUGCAGUGCCGUUGUUGCCUCAUCCGCCGUGUUCCUUAUGGUGUCGUUUUGCUGGCUGGAUAAAAAGGAGAGGAAGGCGCUGAAUCAGGUGAAGCCACCCACGGCUCCCGACCCGGCGGCACCUACGAUUGACAUCGUUCCUGGUUGCCAAUACAGCAGCGUGUCCACAGAGGGAGAUAAAGACAAGGCCUCAGCUAACGGGGCGGAGUAUAUCACCAGCGUCUGAACCUGCUUACACUGUGUGUCACCUUUUAGCACACGUCACACCUUCGGUCAGACUGUUCUGCAAAUGAUUCCUAAUAUUUGCGGCCGCUUGCCUGGUGCGUCAGAUGUGUCGAGGUUUAUUUUUCUGAAAGAUGCCACACAUCCUAACAUCUGGAGCACCAUAAAAGUCAGAACAAAUAGUACGAAGAGUAGGGAUGGGUAUCGUUUAGGUUUUAUCCGAUACCGGUGCCAAACCGGUACUUUUGAAA